AUGCCGGAGAUCCGAGUCGAAAAGUCCGUGAACAACUUUCUGAUGACCGGACCAAAGGCGUUCCUGACCUACUCCAGUAGUGUUGCUGCUGGGGCCGAGUCCGGCAUUGAUGAAUGUAAGCACCAGUUCACCUGGGACCGCUGGAACUGUCCAGAGAGCGCACUACAACUCUCAACACACAAUGGUCUUCGGAGUGCCACGAGAGAAACGUCCUUCGUGCAUGCCAUCAGUUCUGCAGGCGUCAUGUACACGCUGACGAGAAACUGCAGUAUGGGGAAUUUCGAUAACUGUGGCUGUGAUGAGUCCAGGAGCGGACAGGCUGGUGGACGAGGCUGGGUUUGGGGAGGAUGUAGUGACAAUGUUGAAUUUGGAGAGCGAAUUUCUAAACAGUUCGUCGAUGCUUUGGAGACGGGGCAGGAUUCCAGAGCUGCCAUGAAUCUCCAUAAUAACGAAGCAGGAAGAAGGGCUGUCAAAGAGACUAUGAAGCGAACCUGCAAGUGUCACGGAGUGUCAGGAAGUUGCAGUAUCCAGACUUGCUGGCUCCAGUUGGUUGAUUUUCGAGACGUUGGGAACUACUUGAAAGUGAAACACCAACACGCUGUAAAGAUUGACUUGGAGAAGAGGCGUAUGAAAGGAGGGAAUAGCGCGGAUAACCGUGCGGCGAUCGCAGAAGCGUUCAGAGCAGUGCUGCGGACGGAACUGGUCUACCUGGAAGACUCCCCUGAUUAUUGCGUCCGGAAUGUUACUCUGGGGUUGCAAGGAACAGAAGGAAGGGAAUGUCUCCAAAGUGGUAACCUCUCCCAGUGGGAGAGAAGGAGCUGCCGAAGACUGUGCGGAGAGUGCGGGCUCAGGCCAGAGGAGAGGGAGACGGAGAUUAUCACCAGUUGCAAUUGCAAAUUUCACUGGUGUUGUACUGUCAGAUGUGAGCAGUGCAAGCAAAUCGUAACCAAACAUUAUUGUUCUCGGCGAGACAAGAGUAGGUCUUCCAACAAUAAGCGCAAAAAUCGGGCUCAGAAUUGGUAA